AUAGAAAUGAAUUAACGUGAACUUGGCCAAUGAUUAAUAACCUUGAAAUAUGAGAAACUAUUUAUCUGUAACACUUGUGCUUCUUCUUAUUUCCUUUUUCUGAUCAAUAAGUUAAUUGAAAAGAAAUUAUUUUUGUUUUUCUUUCUUAUUUUUCUUUAGUUAGAAUAACAACGUCAUUUCCUGUGAUGCUAUCUAUAACAGUGAAUUAAGCAGAGAUUUCGAAAAAUCGACUUAUUACCGGUACUAUGUAACAUGUAACAUAACUGGUAUUGCAGCGUGCCGUUGCAUUCACGAACAAAUAAUAUUUACGUUGGAGUUAAUAUUUUUUCAAAUUUUCUAAUUUUUUCGUUUGGUGUUUAAGAAGAAAAAAAGAAAAAAAAACAAAAUAAUAAUUCAUACAAAUACACACAUACAUACAUACAUAUAUAUAUAUAUAUAUUUAUUUACGCGUAGAUAUAUAUAUAUAUAAACGAAACAAUGACAGAUUCAUUACCAUAUCUCGUCGAGUAUGCUAAAAGUUCUCGAGCUUCUUGUAAGAAUUGUAAAUCUUCGAUUAUGAAAGAUUCUUUGAGAAUUGCUACUGUUGUACAAAGUCCAGUAUUCGAUGGUACUAUUACUAAGUGGUAUCAUCCUAAGUGCUUUUUUGAAAAGCAACGUCCAAAGUCCAUUGCUGAUAUAGCUAACUUUGAUAGUAUCCGUUGGGAGGAUCAAGAAGAUAUUAAAAAGAAUAUAGAAGAAGCUGGAAAACUUCCAGUUACAACUGGGAAAGGUAAGAAACGUGGAAAAGUUACAGGCUUGUCUCAAGACUUUUCAAUAGAAUAUGCAAAGUCAAGCAGAGCUAUGUGCAGAGGCUGCGAAGAGAAAAUAGUUAAGAGUGAAAUAAGAAUUUCUAAGAAGGAUUUUGAAAGUGACGAGGGAAGAAAAUACGGUGGUAUAGAUAGGUGGUAUCAUUUGGAAUGUUUUGUCAAGAUUAGAACGGAACUUGAAUUUUUUGAUCAAGCUGAUUCACUUCCUGGUAUAAAAACAUUGUCGAAGGAAGAUCAAGCUACUGUAAAAAAGGAAUUGCCUAAAAUUAAUAACAAUGAUGUACCGCCUAUAAAGAAACUUAAGGAUGAACCAGUGGACACGGAAGAGGAAGAAAAAUUUAAGGAACAAAAUAAGAAAAUAUUCACAAUGAGGGAUACAUUGUCAUUGCUCAAUAAGAAAGAACUUGUUAUGAUUUUAGAAACGAAUGAACAACAAGUACCAGAAGGUGUUUCUGCGAUAUUGGACCAUGUAUCUGAUCUAUUAACGUUUGGAGCAUUAAAGCCAUGUCCAAAAUGUAGCGGACAAUUGGCAUACGUUUCAGGUCUUGGUUACAAAUGUACCGGAAAUGUAACAGAAUGGACAAAAUGCGAAUAUGUUACUCAAGAUCCUAAAAGAAAGAAAUGUUCCGUUCCGGAGGAAUUAAAGAAUACUUAUAAAGCUCUGGCUUUCAAACCAAAGGUUGUUAGGAGAUUAAUUAAAAUUACUGCACCGUCGACAUCUACUAUUGUUAAAAAAGAAGAUGACGUUGAUGCUGGACCAAUGGUACAAGGAAAACCAAAGCCAUUGAAGAAUAUGCAAUUUGUAAUAUUAGGUCAAACGAGCAAAAAUAAGGAAACGUUGAAGAAGGAAAUAGUACUUUUGGGAGGAUCCGUAGUAACGAAGAUACAUGAAAAUUUAGCAGCUAUUAUUUCUAAUUUGAAAGAAAUAGAAAAAAUGAAUAAAAGAAUGGAAGAUGUAAAGUCUUUAGACAUACAAGUGGUUUCAGAAGAUUUUAUCGAAGAAGCUAAAGAUUAUACGGAACCGCCAUUUGCAUUAAUUAAAAAGAAAACUAUAUCUGAUUGGGGUGGUGACGUUAAAACUCGUCUGGCUGAUGUUAUUGCAAAAUCAGGAUCAUCUAAGAGUAAAAGUAAAUAUGAAAAGUCAGUUUCUGGAAAGGUCAAAUUACAAGUUAAAGGUGGUGGUACAGUUGAUCCGGAUAGUGGAUUAGAGGAUUGUGCUCAUGUUUAUCAAAAAGGAACGGAUAAAUUUACUGUCACGUUAGGACUUACAGAUAUCCAAGCUAAGAAAAAUAGUUAUUACAAGUUACAAAUAUUGAAACACGAUAUACAAAAUAAAUAUUGGUUGUUCAGAAGUUGGGGUAGGAUAGGUACUACGAUUGGUGGUACAAAAUUGGAAGUUGCACCUUUAGAUGAUUGUAUAAUGAAAUUUGAGGAACUUUAUGAAGAGAAAUCUGGGAAUAAUUGGAGAAAUAGAAAAGAUUUUGUCAAAGUACCAAAUAAAAUGUAUCCCAUUGAUAUUGAUCAUGGUGAUGAUGAAGAUACGUCAAAAUUAUUAGAAUCGGAUAUUAAGAGUAAUUUGGAAAAGCCUUUACAAGAUCUAAUGAAGCUUAUAUUUAAUAUAGAAAAUAUGAAAAAGGUUAUGUUAGAAUUUGAAAUAGAUAUGGAUAAAAUGCCGCUUGGUAAAUUAUCUAAAAAGCAAAUUCAACAAGCAUAUUCAGUAUUAACAGAAUUACAAGAAUUAGUUAAAAAAGCGACACCCGAACGUACCACGCUUAUAGACGCAUCGAAUAGAUUUUAUACUUUGAUACCACAUAAUUUUGGUAUUUCUGGACCUAAGAUAUUAGAAACUGUUGAAGAAAUUCAAAUGAAAUGUAAAAUGUUAGAGGCAUUACUUGAAAUGGAAAUAGCAUAUAGUUUGCUUCACGGUAAGACAGAUGAUAAGAAAAAUCCUCUUGAUGCACAUUAUGAGCAAUUGAAGACAAAGAUAGAUGUAUUGGAUAAAUCCAGUAAAGAUUAUGAUGUAAUAAAACAAUAUGUUAAGAAUACACAUGCAUCCACUCAUAGUUAUUAUGAGUUAGAAAUUGAAGAUGUUUUUGUUAUAAAGAGACAAGGUGAAGAUCAAAGAUAUAAACCCUUUAAGAAAAUGCAUAAUAAAAAAUUACUCUGGCAUGGAUCUAGGACAACCAAUUUUGCUGGUAUAUUAUCUCAGGGACUUAGAAUAGCUCCCCCAGAAGCACCUGUUACCGGUUAUAUGUUUGGUAAAGGUAUCUAUUUUGCUGACAUGGUAUCAAAGUCUGCAAAUUAUUGUUGCACGAAUAGCGCUAACCCAACGGGAUUGUUACUGUUAUGUGAAGUUGCUUUAGGUAAUAUGUAUGAAAGAUAUGAAGCUGAUUAUAUUUCAAAAUUACCAAAAGAUAAGCAUUCGACUAUAGGAAAAGGACAAACUCAACCAGAUCCAAAUGUUGUUUAUAAAAUGGAAGGUAGCAUUGAAGUUCCAUAUGGUCCUUCUGUAUCAAGUAAACUUAAGAAGAAUUCAUCAUUGUUGUACAAUGAAUACAUCAUAUAUGAUACAGCUCAAGUGAAAGUUCGUUAUUUAGUUAAGAUGAAUUUCAAGUACAAAGUUUGAUGUUUUAUUAUAUAUGUAUUAUCUUCCAAUAUCUGUGCUACCUGAUCGGUUGAUUGAUUGAUUGAUUGAUUGAUUAAUUAUUAUAUCUAAGCAUUUUACAUUAUAUAUAUAUAUGUAUAUAUAUAUAUAUAUUAAUAAUUAAAAUAACUUGGAUAUUUUUUUUUUGUUUUUUUUUUGUUCAUUAAAACAAAGUUCUUAUAUCACAGCUACCUCCAAUAGGACAAAUAAUAGUUGAAUAAGUGUAAUAUUAUUAAAUGUUUUUUUUUUCUUUCUUUCUUUGCGCAUAAAAAUGUUCAAAAUAUUUUUUAAUGUUUCAUCAAAUAUGAUAUCAUAAAUGUAUAACUCUUAGAACAACACAGUGAA